AUAUUCUUUCUUUUGGUAGCUGCCAUAGUAUUAUAAGGUAGUAAUAGUAGUUUUGUGCUACUAAAAUCAAACACAAAGUGAGAGGGAGAGGAAAAUCUCUAUAACAACAAAGAAGUAUUAGAAGAAGAUGGAAUAAAGCAGUAGUUAUAACAACUAUUGUUUGUUCUUAUUUUAACUUUUACUUUCUGCUGAGAAACAAAACCUUGUACACUGUGUAAUCUUGGGAUUUAUCUGUUUUCAGCAAAUCUUUUGGUUUCUCCUGAAGUUGAGCUGGUUUUUUUGUUCCUUUUCUCUACUUAGUUUAAUUUACUUCAAAUUUUGAGCUUCAACAAAAUGAUGUCUGAUAAUGGACUUUCUUCUUUACCUUCUUCCAUUAGAGGUCUCAUUCAACAAGAUCCAAACCCUAAUAGUAAUAUUUCAAACCCUAAUUCAAAUCCGGCUUCUAAUAAGAGAAAGCGAAACCUCCCAGGAAAUCCUGAUCCAGAUGCAGAAGUGAUAGCUCUCUCACCAAAAUUUCUGAUGGCGACGAAUCGAUUCAUUUGUGAAAUCUGCAAUAAGGGUUUUCAAAGGGACCAGAAUUUGCAACUUCACAGAAGAGGUCACAAUUUGCCAUGGAAACUCAAACAAAGAACAAACAAAGAAGUGAAGAAGAAAGUUUACAUUUGUCCAGAAAAAACUUGUGUACAUCAUGAUCCAUCAAGAGCUUUAGGGGAUUUAACUGGAAUUAAAAAGCAUUUUUCAAGAAAACAUGGUGAGAAGAAAUGGAAGUGUGAGAAAUGUUCAAAAAAAUAUGCAGUUCAAUCUGAUUGGAAAGCUCAUAGUAAGAUUUGUGGGACUAGAGAGUAUAAAUGUGACUGUGGCACACUUUUUUCCAGAAAGGACAGCUUUAUAACACACAGGGCUUUCUGCGAUGCAUUAGCUGAAGAAAGUGCAAGGUUUACAUCAGAUCCAAAUACAGCAAAUCUUAACUUGAGAAAUCAAUUGAUGAAUGGUGGGAUGACUAAUCAGCAGCAGCAAAGAGGAAUAAAUUCUCAAUUUGGUUCUUUAUUUAGGCCUGAAUUAAUGGGAUUAGGAUUAGACCCUUCAAGUCAACUUAAUCUUGAUGGACAAAAACCAAGGCUCCCACUUUGGCUUGACAAUGCAAAUUCAGGUAGUCCAAAUGACUUUUUGGCAACACCAUCAAGCACAACAAGUAGUUUGCCUCAUGAUUUAGUUCAAAUGGCAUCACAUAGCAGCAAUAACCAAUGGUUCAUCAAUGGCAAUGGUCCUUCCUCUUCGUCGAUGGCAUCGCCACGAGUAGUGCUAAAGGAGGAAGAAGAGAUUAAUAACAGAAGAAAUUUAUCUGGGAGUACUAUUAAUAGUUCAAUGUAUUACAAUAAUAGCCAACAAGAAACAACUCCUCCUCAAGCAGCUCAUAUGUCAGCAACAGCACUUUUGCAAAAAGCAGCCCAAAUGGGAUCAACAAGGAGCAGCAAUUCAGCACUCUUUAACAGUACUGGAUUUGGGCUAAUGGGGUCAUCUAAUUUUGGUUCAACUUUAGCUACUCAUGACAAUAUUCAAGGAAAUAAUGGCCUGUUAUUAGUGGACACAAAUGCAAAUUCUUUGAUGAUGAUGCAAAAUAAAGGAAAGCAAGUAAAUAUUCCUAGUGGAAAUACAACUGAAGGCAGUUUAACAAGAGAUUUUCUUGGUGUAGGAGGGAAUGAAAACAGGCCUUUUUUGCAACAAAGAGAACUGGCCAAGUUUGGUAAUUCUGCUAUUUUUUAGUAGGUGACUAGAAAUUCUUUUUUUCCUUUAAUUGGAAUCGUACGAUGUGCUGAUGAAGAAAGCAGAAAUAUUUAGAGAUCUUGUGAAUUGUGGGGGCCACUGGAAGAGACUUGACAAAAAGUGACAUGGCAAUCACAAGGCAGGCUUUUUCCUACAUUGUAUUAUUUGCUGCAUGUAAAAAGAUUUUUACCUUUUAUUA